AUGCCACUAUUUCGUUCGGAGGAGUUCACACUGGAACCUUUGGAAGUGGCCCAGUUUAUCGUCGAUGUCGCGGCAGACAGGCUUGCCGAGGAUAUUCUGCUGCUCGACUUGCGCAGCUUGGCGCCCUUCGCCGACUACUUCGUGAUCAUGUCAGCAGAGUCAUCGCGGCAAAUAGAGGCUCUGGAAGAAGACCUAACUCAGGCCCUAAAGGACUCUGGUGUAAUUCGGCACCGUAGAGAAGGGACGCCCUCCUCGGGUUGGGUGCUGCUCGACUUCAGCGACGUCAUCGUCCACAUCUUCUCGCCAGAAGAGCGGGAAUUCUACGACCUAGAACGAUUGUGGCAACGGGCUCCGCAGGUGGUACGGGUUCUCUAG